ACGAGCGCCGCCAUUUUGUUUGGCUGGAGGGGAGCGAGCGGCGCUUUGGGGGAGGGGUCGCGUAGGCGCCUCACCUGACCCUGCAGCCGGGCGGUCGCUGCUCCGGGGCAAGUCUCCUUCCAGGCCAGGGGCCCGGAAUCAUGUACAUAAAGCAGGUGAUUAUCCAGGGUUUUCGAAGUUACAGAGAUCAAACAAUUGUAGAUCCCUUCAGUUCAAAACAUAAUGUGAUUGUGGGCAGAAAUGGAUCUGGAAAAAGUAACUUUUUUUAUGCAAUUCAGUUUGUUCUCAGUGAUGAGUUUAGUCAUCUUCGUCCAGAACAGCGGUUGGCUUUAUUGCAUGAAGGUACUGGUCCUCGUGUUAUUUCUGCUUUUGUGGAGAUUAUUUUUGAUAAUUCAGACAACCGGUUACCAAUCGAUAAAGAGGAAGUUUCACUUCGAAGAGUUAUUGGUGCCAAAAAGGAUCAGUAUUUCUUAGACAAGAAGAUGGUCACGAAAAAUGAUGUGAUGAACCUCCUUGAAAGCGCUGGUUUUUCUCGAAGCAAUCCUUAUUAUAUUGUUAAACAAGGAAAGAUCAACCAGAUGGCAACAGCACCAGAUUCUCAGAGAUUAAAGCUAUUAAGAGAAGUAGCUGGUACUAGAGUGUAUGAUGAACGAAAGGAAGAAAGCAUCUCCUUAAUGAAAGAAACAGAGGGCAAACGGGAAAAAAUCAAUGAGUUGUUAAAAUACAUUGAAGAGAGAUUACAUACUUUAGAGGAAGAAAAGGAAGAACUAGCUCAGUAUCAGAAGUGGGAUAAAAUGAGACGAGCCCUGGAAUAUACCAUUUACAAUCAGGAACUUAACGAGACUCGUGCUAAACUUGAUGAGCUUUCUGCUAAGCGAGAGACUAGUGGAGAAAAAUCCAGACAGUUAAGAGAUGCUCAACAGGAUGCAAGAGAUAAAAUGGAGGAUAUUGAACGCCAAGUUAGAGAAUUGAAAACAAAAAUUUCAGCUAUGAAAGAAGAAAAAGAACAGCUUAGUGCUGAAAGACAGGAACAAAUUAAGCAGAGGACUAAGUUGGAGCUUAAAGCCAAGGAUUUACAAGAUGAACUAGCAGGCAACAGUGAACAGAGGAAACGUUUAUUAAAAGAGAGGCAGAAGCUGCUUGAAAAAAUAGAAGAAAAGCAGAAAGAACUGGCAGAAACAGAACCUAAAUUCAACAGUGUAAAAGAGAAAGAAGAACGAGGAAUUGCUAGAUUGGCUCAAGCUACCCAGGAAAGAACGGAUCUUUAUGCAAAGCAGGGUCGAGGAAGCCAGUUUACAUCAAAAGAAGAAAGGGAUAAGUGGAUUAAAAAGGAACUCAAGUCUUUAGAUCAGGCUAUUAAUGACAAGAAAAGACAGAUUGCUGCUAUACAUAAGGAUUUGGAAGACACUGAAGCAAAUAAAGAGAAAAAUCUGGAGCAGUAUAAUAAACUGGACCAGGAUCUUAAUGAAGUCAAAGCUCGAGUAGAAGAACUGGACAGAAAAUAUUAUGAAGUAAAAAAUAAGAAAGAUGAAUUACAAAGUGAAAGAAACUACUUGUGGAGAGAAGAGAAUGCAGAACAGCAAGCACUUGCUGCUAAAAGAGAAGAUCUGGAAAAGAAGCAACAACUUCUUAGAGCGGCAACGGGAAAGGCCAUUUUAAAUGGAAUAGACAGCAUAAACAAAGUGCUAGACCACUUUCGUCGAAAAGGAAUAAACCAGCAUGUUCAAAAUGGCUAUCAUGGCAUUGUGAUGAAUAACUUUGAAUGUGAACCAGCUUUCUACACAUGCGUGGAAGUCACUGCUGGAAACAGGUUAUUUUAUCACAUUGUUGAUUCAGAUGAAGUCAGCACGAAGAUUUUAAUGGAGUUUAAUAAAAUGAAUCUUCCUGGAGAGGUUACUUUUCUGCCUCUUAACAAGUUAGAUGUCAGGGAUACUGCCUAUCCUGAAACCAAUGAUGCUAUUCCUAUGAUCAGCAAACUGAGGUACAAUUCCAGAUUCGACAAAGCUUUCAAACAUGUUUUUGGAAAGACUCUUAUUUGUCGUAGCAUGGAAGUUUCAACCCAGCUGGCCCGUGCUUUCACUAUGGACUGUAUUACUUUGGAAGGUGACCAGGUCAGUCAUCGAGGUGCUCUAACUGGGGGUUAUUAUGACACAAGGAAGUCUCGACUUGAAUUGCAGAAAGAUGUUAGAAAAGCAGAAGAAGAACUAGGCGAACUUGAAGCAAAGCUCAAUGAAAACCUGCGCAGAAAUAUUGAAAGGAUUAAUAAUGAAAUUGAUCAGUUGAUGAACCAAAUGCAACAGAUUGAGACCCAGCAAAGGAAAUUCAAAGCAUCUAGAGAUAGCAUAUUAUCAGAAAUGAAGAUGCUAAAAGAGAAGAGGCAGCAGUCAGAGAAAACCUUCAUGCCUAAGCAACGUAGCUUACAGAGUUUGGAGGCAAGCUUGCAUGCUAUGGAGUCUACCAGAGAAUCAUUGAAAGCAGAACUGGGAACUGAUUUGCUUUCUCAACUGAGUUUGGAAGAUCAGAAGAGAGUAGAUGCACUGAAUGAUGAGAUUCGUCAACUUCAGCAGGAAAACAGACAGUUGCUAAAUGAAAGAAUUAAAUUAGAAGGUAUUAUUACUCGAGUAGAGACUUAUCUCAAUGAGAAUCUGAGAAAACGCUUGGACCAAGUAGAACAGGAACUUAAUGAGCUGAGAGAGACAGAAGGGGGUACUGUUCUCACUGCCACAACAUCAGAACUUGAAGCCAUCAAUAAAAGAGUAAAAGACACUAUGGCACGAUCAGAAGAUUUGGACAAUUCCAUUGAUAAAACAGAAGCUGGAAUUAAGGAGCUUCAGAAGAGUAUGGAGCGCUGGAAAAAUAUGGAAAAAGAACAUAUGGAUGCUAUAAAUCAUGAUACUAAAGAACUGGAAAAGAUGACAAAUCGGCAAGGCAUGCUAUUGAAGAAGAAAGAGGAGUGUAUGAAGAAAAUUCGAGAACUUGGAUCACUUCCCCAGGAAGCAUUUGAAAAGUACCAGACACUGAGCCUCAAACAGUUGUUUCGAAAACUUGAGCAGUGCAACACAGAAUUAAAGAAGUACAGCCAUGUUAACAAAAAGGCUUUGGAUCAGUUUGUAAAUUUCUCAGAGCAGAAAGAAAAGUUAAUAAAGCGACAAGAAGAGUUAGAUAGGGGUUACAAAUCGAUCAUGGAGCUGAUGAAUGUACUUGAACUUCGGAAAUACGAAGCUAUUCAGUUAACUUUCAAACAGGUAUCCAAGAACUUCAGUGAAGUAUUCCAGAAGUUAGUACCUGGUGGCAAAGCUACUUUGGUGAUGAAGAAAGGAGAUGUGGAGGGCAGUCAGUCUCAAGAUGAAGGAGAAGGGAGCGGUGAGAGUGAGAGGGGUUCUGGCUCACAAAGCAGUGUCCCAUCAGUUGAUCAGUUUACUGGAGUUGGAAUUAGGGUGUCAUUUACAGGAAAACAAGGUGAAAUGAGAGAAAUGCAACAACUUUCAGGUGGACAGAAAUCCUUGGUAGCUCUUGCUCUGAUUUUUGCCAUUCAGAAAUGUGACCCAGCUCCAUUUUACUUGUUUGAUGAGAUUGACCAGGCUCUGGAUGCUCAGCACAGAAAGGCUGUGUCAGAUAUGAUUAUGGAACUUGCUGUACAUGCUCAGUUUAUUACAACUACUUUUAGGCCUGAACUGCUUGAGUCAGCUGACAAAUUCUAUGGUGUAAAGUUCAGAAAUAAGGUUAGUCAUAUUGAUGUGAUCACAGCAGAGAUGGCCAAAGACUUUGUAGAAGAUGAUACCACACAUGGUUAAUUGGAAAAUACUACCUACUGGUUUGGGAGAUGUGUAUAGUAAUGAUUCUCAUACCCAGGAACUGUGAAUUUAAACCUAAAUAUUUGGCCAUUAUUAAUAGUUUUCAGACUUAAAGCAUCAUAGUCCUUUUAUAUUUGUCUUUGUAUUUUAUAAGAUACUCUGUAAUGUCAUGUUUGUACUUAUAGUUUAAGAAUUUUAUUUCCUGUACAACUUUUUGUAAAAUGUCCUGCUAUUUUAAAUCUUUUGAAACAUGCUAAAUAUUCUUUCCUAAUUGUUUUAUCACUUAUACUGGCUUUUUUAUAGCUUCAAUUAAAUAAUUGGUUUAUGACUAAU